ACAAAAACGUCAGUGUGCGCUGAGUCGAGCCAUGAGGCGAUUGCGUGUUCGCGUGCGUGUGAAACUAGCUUAAAUGCUAUAUUUAACCAGUGCAGAUUAAAAACAAAGAAACUGUAGACUCUGAGCGAUAAAAAGAAAGUACAACAUGAUUAUUAGGACUGGGAUAGUCGUUUUGUGUGUAAGCAUCACCAUAGCAGCGAAUACGUUCAACGCAACACCGGCACUGAUGCUCUCCCCAUUUAUCAAACAAAAUCGCCUCCUGGAAGCAAGAAACGAAUCCUCAGUCAACAGCACACUCUUCCUUAACAUCACGAGCCAUGCCGGAUUCCUUACGGUUGACUCCUCGUAUAAUUCCAACAUGUUCUUCUGGUAUUUUCCCGUGGCUGGGAAACCGGUUAAUGAGACACCUUGGAUAAUUUGGUUGCAAGGAGGACCUGGGGCCAGUAGCUUGGCGGGGCUCUUCGAUGAAAUAGGACCGUUUGAGUAUGAUGAUGCGCAGUUGAAACGACGCCAGUGGUCAUGGGGUAACAACUACUCGCUGCUGUUCGUGGACAAUCCGGUGGGUGCCGGAUUCAGUUUCACCGACAAGCAAGACGGAUUCGUCAAGGAUAUGGAAACGUGCUCCAAAAAUCUCUACAACGCAAUACAGCAGUUCCUGACGAUCUUUCCCGAGCUAAGAACUGCGCCGCUGUACAUCGCUGGGGAGUCCUACGCCGGCCGCUACGUGCCGGCCUUCGGGUACAAGAUCUUGGAGGAGCAGCCUACGGGCAAUGCGUCUAUCAAUUUAAAGGGUCUCACGAUGGGCAACCCAAUCAUUGAUCGCAUUGACGCCGCGAACAUCUCGUCGGUGUACUAUCACUGGGGUUUACUUGAUACACAAGGCUUGCUCGCUGUCAAACCACUGCAAGAUAAAUACAGCCAGGCAGUAGAGCAGAACAACCUGCAAGAAGCUUGGAAUCUCCGCGAUCAACUCAACCAGUUGCUGUCAGACAUCUCCCAGCAACCCAACCACUUCAACCUGCUGAAGGAAUCAGGCAACCUUAGCGCUUUCACCGACUUCAUAGAUCAGCCUCACAUAAAGGAAGCUCUUCACGUUGGUACCAUACAGUUCACGUUCAACAAUGGAUCGGUGGACGGUGCUCUGAUGAAGGAUUUCCUUGGACCUAUUAGACCGAAGCUGGAAAAACUGCUAGAACAUUAUAAGAUUAUGGUUUACUGCGGUCAACUGGACCUGACAGCGCCAUGCGAGCUGGCCGCGGAUUCUCGGCGAAAGCACUGGCACUGGACUCACCGAGACGACUUCCUCAAGGCCCCGCGACGGCCCUGGGCGCUUAAUGGAACGUUGGCUGGUUACAUAAAAGAGGGCGGCGGUUUAACCGAGGUUCUGGUCCGCGGAGUAGGGCACCUGGUUCCCCUCGACGCUCCUGAAGCUUCGUACGCACUGCUCCGACACUUCAUCCAAGACGACGACCUAUCCAUACCCUCCGACUUCAAAGAUAAACCGGAAUAUACGCCGUCGUAUAUCGAUAAUCAACCUACAAAUCAGGCGACGCCAAGAAACAACGCGCUUAUAGCGUCAGUAGUGCUAAAUGUGCUCCUUAUAGUCUGCCUUAUUAGUGGUGUUAUCGUAUAUAUGAGAUUUAAGAGAAGAAGCGAGGCAUUUUUCUACAGCACCGUGGAGGACUCUAUAUCAGAUGGUAUUUUAACCAUGACGUGACAGGUGCUUGUUUUUAUUAUUGUUAUAUUUUAAUUUGAAUUACUGAUUAAUGUUGCCAAAAAAGUUAUCGUAAGAGAUCCUCUUUGUUAUUUCUAAAUUUUAUAAAAUUAUUAUGUUGUUUUUUU